AUGUUGUCCACUUUCCUAUCACGACCAGAGACCAUCUCCACUGAAGAGCAUCUCUCCGCGCACGUGGAUAAAUCAAAAACGGAGUGUAAAAAGACAGGUGUUAGGACGGUUACGCUGUACAAUGGGAGCCCAGCAGUUACCAUAACGCCUAGAAUGGAUACAUGUCUCGAUUUUCUCGACUGUGGGCUGAAGGCGAGCGAGUCAUUUGGAAAAAGUGUGGUAGCAGUCGAGGUGGAACCUGAGCCAGAAGAUGUAGCAGAGGUGCACUCUCCUGAGGCAGUCGCCUCCCCAGACAUCACGAGUCUAGCAUUGGCAGCUACUACAGCUAGCGUACUAGUGAAAGGAGUCAUUGCUAAGGGAGUGCUGCUCAAUCCCAAGGUCUUGUUUUUGUCGAUGGCACCGGGAGGACUAGGGCCAAUGCGAUAUGUAGCCCCUCCCCAAAUGAUGCACAACGAGACCUUUGCUGAGCUCAUAUUCCCUGGCUUUGAUUCCCGCAGCUUCAUAUGGCGGGUCUCCUGCCUCCAGGUGCUCGAAUUCAUCUCCUCCUUAGCUGUUGGACAGCAGAAUGGUGCUCCAGCCACAUGCACCCUAUACUUGAUGGGAGCAAGUUGGGGACCUAGCAUAGCCAAGGGUGGUAUAUGGAGACUGCUAGCACCAAUGGGGCUGCAUGCUAACAUGCUGCACCUUUUCUUCAACAUAUUUUUUCAACUGCGCAUGGGGUUCGGCAUGGAACGGCAGUUUGGCUUUAAGAAAUUCAUGGGUCUCUAUAUGCUUUGCGGGCUGGUGGGCAACUUGAUAUCGGUGGCAGUUGAUCCCUUCAAGUUGGCAGUCGGUGCGUCUACAGCAGGAUUCGGUUUAGUAGGAGUUUGGUUGGCUGAAAUAUUCUUAUCCUGGCACGUACUUGGCCCUCAUCGUGACCGCACUAUGGUAUGGGUGGCAUUCGUAACCGUCGGAUGCAUUGUGAUGUCGACUAUGCAGCCUAAUAUCGAUAUGUUCGGCCACUUCGGCGGUGCUUUAGCAGGGUUCCUCGCUGCUACUAUGAUUAGCGACAUGCCCGAUCAGUAUAAGCCAAGGUGGUAUGAUGCUGCCCGGGUGGGAUCUGGUUUGGCCCUCGCUUCGCUCAUCGGUAUGUGCGGGGCCAAAAUAGGCUUGUACACGCCAACAUGGCCCGUCCCCGACUGUGGCAGUUUGCUGACUCCUCACAAGUGGUAG